UUUAAUUUAAAAGUUUACGGGCAGUUGGAGGUAAAACACCGGCUAGUAAAGUGUUGAAAGGAAAUAAAUAAAUUUAUUUAAAAUUAAUUAAAUCAAACCCUAUUAAAUAACUCAACCAACAUUAGUUCACCCAAGCAAAAACGACGCAAAACAAUGGCACCUGUAACCGGUAAAAGAGAAAAAAUUGGUAUAGUAGGCAGUGGUCUUAUUGGUCGUUCCUGGUCUAUGUUAUUUGCCUCGGUGGGCUAUCAAGUCACCCUUUAUGAUAUUCUACCCGCUCAAGUUGAAACUGCUUUAAAAGAAACCGAAAAAGAAUUGGAAAGUUUAGAAACUAGAGGUCUCUUACGUGGUAAAUUAAAUGCUGCCCAACAGUUUGCUUGCCUCUCGGGUACCACCGAUUUAAAGGAAUUGGUUAAGGAUGCUAUUUUCAUACAGGAAUGUAUACCCGAACGUUUGGAUAUGAAACAGAAUUUAUAUAAACAAUUGGAUCAAGUAGUUGAACCUCAUACGAUUAUGUCCAGUUCGACUAGUACCUUUUUGCCAUCGUUGUUUAGUAAAGAUAUGAAACAUCAAGCAAAUGUCCUCGUUUCUCACCCCGUAAAUCCACCCUAUUAUGUACCCCUGGUUGAAGUAGUACCCGCACCCUGGACUAAACCUGAAGUUGUUACCAAAACUCGUGCUAUUAUGGAGGAAAUUGGUCAGAAACCCGUAACACUGAGUCGUGAAAUAGAAGGUUUCGCUCUCAAUCGUAUACAAUACGCUAUACUCAACGAAUGCUGGCAUUUGGUUAACGAUGGUAUACUCGAUGUCAAAGAUGUUGAUAGUGUUAUGUCAGAUGGUUUAGGUAUGCGUUAUGCCUUCUUGGGACCCCUGGAAACUGCACAUCUUAAUGCCGAAGGCAUGACCAACUAUUUUGAACGUUAUACCAAUACCAUUUAUGCUGUUAGUAAAACGUUUAAACCAACACCCAAAAUGGAGGGACCCACUGCUGUAGCGGUAGCUAAACAAUUGGAACAAAUGGUGCCUCUGGAUAAAUUGGCUGAACGCAGAAAUUAUCGUGAUAAUUGCUUGACCCAAUUGAGUAUUAUGAAACGAAUGUUGAAUAAUCAAAACUAAAUUUUAUUUUAUUGUUUUCUUAACAUCUUUUAUUGAAACUUUAAAUCAUGCCGUUUUUUUUGUUAUAAUUAAUUAAAUAUUAAACAAUAAUAACAAUUAUAUUUAAAUAAU